AACACAUACAACUCAUAAUCAUUUUGAAUAAUGCAAAUUAUAUCAUCAUCAUCUUCAAUUUUCUUCUCCCCUGUUUGUGCUAAUUUGAUCACAGUAACUAGUGUAUUAGUAGCGUUGCUAGUGGUGUUACUUCAAUGGCGGUUGCACCGGAAAAAGCAAAGACAGAAGCUACCUCCCGGUUCCAUGGGUUGGCCAUACAUCGGAGAGACACUCCGCCUCUACACUGAGAAUCCCAAUUCCUUCUUCGCCACCCGCCAAAACAAAUACGGAGAGAUAUUCAAGACACACAUAUUGGGAUGUCCAUGUGUGAUGAUAAGCAGUCCAGAGGCAGCUCGAAUGGUGUUAGUGAGCAAGGCACAUAUGUUCAAGCCAACUUAUCCUACUAGCAAAGAGCGUAUGAUUGGACCAGAGGCUCUCUUCUUCCACCAAGGUCCUUACCAUUCCACACUUAAGCGGCUCGUUCAAUCUUCCUUCAUGCCUUCUGCUCUCAGACCAACAGUCUCUCACAUCGAGCUCCUCGUCCUACAAAUCCUCUCUUCUUGGACAUCUCCAAAGUCCAUCAACACCCUUGAACACAUGAAACGAUAUGCAUUCGAUGUGGCGAUCAUGUCAGCGUUUGGGGAUAAGGAGGAGCCCGGUGAACUUGAAGCUAUUAAGCUUCUCUAUCAACGUCUUGAAAAGGGUUACAACUCCAUGCCUCUCGACGUACCUGGCACACUUUUUCAUAAAUCCAUGAAGGCAAGGAGGGAAUUAAGCAAGGAAUUAAGGAAACUGAUAGAAAAGAGAAGAGAAAGUAGGAGAGAAGGAGGAGGACUAUUAGGAGUCCUUCUCGGUGCCAAAGAUCAGAAACGCAACGGUUUAAGCGAUUCACAGAUCGCUGACAACAUCAUCGGCGUUAUCUUCGCCGCCACUGACACUACCGCUUCUGUCUUAACUUGGCUUCUCAAAUACUUACACGACCAACCAAACCUCCUCCAAGAAGUUUCAAGGGAACAAGUCUGCAUUCGACAGAAAACAAAGGAAGAAAACCGAAGAAUCUCGUGGGAGGAUACAAGAAAAAUGCCUCUGACCACAAGGGUGAUUCAAGAGACACUAAGAGCAGCAAGUGUAUUGUCAUUUACGUUUAGAGAAGCUGUGCAAGACGUCGAAUAUAAUGGCUACUUGAUCCCAAAAGGUUGGAAGGUUCUUCCUCUUUUCCGACGAAUCCAUCACUCUCCCGAUUUUUUCCCUGAACCCGAAAAAUUCGACCCGUCAAGAUUCGAGGUAACAUCUUGUAAUGUCGACAGGUGCCACCAAAAGCUUACACGUUCAUGCCAUUUGGGAAUGGCGUGCACUCAUGCCCAGGAAGUGAGCUGGCUAAACUUGAGAUGCUUAUCCUGCUUCACCACCUCACUACCUCUUUCAGAUGGGAAGUGGAAGGAGGCGAGGAAGGGAUACAAUAUGGUCCUUUCCCUGUGCCCAAGAAUGGUUUACCAAUAAGAGUGACUCCAAUUUAAGCCUAAGGCAUAACUGGAGUUUUUAUUUCUAUUAAUCUAAUAACUCAUGCUUUAGUUUCUCUACCAGUAGAUAAUUUUCUCUCUUUUAAGGUUUAUAUCUAUCUCAUUUUAAAACUGGCCUCAAAUUUGGCCCGUUUUCUUUUGUAAAUGAAUUAUUCCCCACUUAUGUAAAGUUGCAUUUCAAU